AUGGAGAGCCUCACAUCCCGACUCGACGCUCUGCGCCCCAAGAUCGAGGAGUUGAUGCGCAUCGGCGGCACGCCCGGCCUUUCGCUCGGUGUCAUGCACCAGGGAACCCAAGUGUACUUCGCCAGCUACGGCUACCGCGACGUGGAGCAACGCUUGCCUCCAAACGAGGAGACCAUUCUCCCUGUUUGCUCCUUGGCCAAGGCCGUCACGUCCGCAGCCCUAGGAAUCCUAGUUGAUGAGAACAAGGCCGGUUGGGGCACGCUGGUCAAGGACGCGCUGCCUUCGCUGGACAUCAAGGACGAGACUCUUCAGAACCAGAUGACCAUCGCCGAUCUCCUCUGCCACCGGUCAGGCAUGUCGUGGGGCGACAAUCUCCUCAUCGGCACCGACAACAACAUCAUCACGCGCCUCCUUCCCUUUCGUGGACAGUUUGCCUACAACAAUCUGGCAUACGAGCUUGCCGGCAAGGUCAUUGAGUCUCUGAGCAAGGAGUCCUUCUUCCACUUUAUCCAGAGCCGGAUCUUUGACCCGUUGGGCAUGACACGCACCUUCCUCAAGACCCCGCCACUUGACCUCGACAAUGUCGGAAAGUGCUACAAUGCUCUCGACGACGGGACCUCCGCACCCAUCACCUGCGUCAAGGAUCUGAUGAAGCUGUAUAAGGCGUUCAUCAAAGGGUUCAACCAUCAGAUCUCUACAGGAAACACGUCUACCGACGGGAUCCCGUUGAAGCAGGUCGCGCAGCUAAUGUCGGCCAAGAUAUUCAUGGACCAGCCUUCGAAAAACGAGGCGUCAUAUGGUCUCGGCUGGGCCCGCGUCCAGCUUCCCGGGAGGAUGGGUCAGAUCGGCAUCAAUCCAGGUCUGAUGCCACAUGGCAUGCCCAUUGUCGGCAAGGGAGUGCCGCCACGUUUAGUCAUUUUCCACCAGGGAAGCCUCCCCGGCGCUCUCGCCCUCAACAUGCUUCUUCCAGAUACCGAAAGCGCCAUCGUCAUCACGUCGAACGCCCUGGCUCUCAACGAUGUCCCGGAUUGGGUGGGCCAGAUGGUUCUGGAAGAGUUCCUCGAGGUCCCGGCCUCGGAACGCAACGACUAUCUCGCGGCGGCCAAGACGUCGGUGGCUACGAAUCUUCAGUGGUACCCUGAUCUCGUGGAAGAGCUUCAGCGAGCUCAGAAGAACGGGACAUCCGCACGGAACCUCAGCGCUUACGUGGGGACAUACUGGGACCACCUCCACAUCGUCAAGGUCGCCAUCACCGUAGAGGGCGACCACCUCUACUGGGCUCUACAGGGUCUCGAGUCGGAGAAGUUCCGUCUCGCACACUACGAGGAUGAUAUUUUCACCUGGCUCCAACCGCGUAACGAGCUGUCGCGGCGUGGCCGAUGGGUGGGUACAGAUCAGGGGCCAAGUUUCUGGAAGGUCGAGUUCAGAGUCGGGCCAGAUGGUGAUCCCGACCGUCUGUACUGGGUCCAUGAUAACGAUGUUCCUGCAGACGAGUACAGAAAGGAGUGA